CAUAUCUAAACCAAAAUCACAUUAUCGUUGCAUCGAUCUCCCCUUAUAUUCCAAUCUCUCACCAAACUCUCUCACCCCCAACAUUCUCUCUCCCUAACUUUGUCUAUCUUCUCUCCCCCGUCUUUAGUGCUAAAUAAUUCCCACCUUCGGCUGCGGCCUUCCCCAUUUAGGCGACGAGACGGAUCACCAUGGGGCGACGUCGUCUCUUCGCCUGCUUUGGAAAAGGCCACUCCUCUUCCUCCCCCUCCUCCCCGGCUGCGCGCGACAGACGCACGUCAGCAGUAUCCGCUGACGUCUCGGCCGAAGAGCAUAGGAAGAGCGGGCCGGUGUUAGUGGAGCUGUUCUCGUCGCAGGGCUGCUCCACAUCACCGGUGGCGGAGCUACUCUUGUCAAGGCUUGGGAGAGGGGAUUUCAACAGGAGUGAUGUGCCUCCGGUGGUGGUGCUGGCGUACCACGUCGACUACUGGGACUACAUGGGGUGGAAGGACCCCUACGGUUCGAGCCAGUGGACCGUUCGGCAAAAGAAUUACAUAGAGGCCUUGAGGCUCGACACCAUGUUCACGCCGCAGGUGGUGGUUCAGGGAACAGCUCAAUGUGUCGGCAACGAUGAGAAUGAUUUGCUAACAUGCAUCAAGCAGGCUCCUAGAUAUGCUGCACCCACGUUCCAGGCAAGUUUUGAGAGAUCUUCAGACUCCCUGCAAGUAUCUCUUACAGGAGCCUUAAGGACAAAGGUGGAUGGCAAUGGUGCCAAUGUGAUGGUGGCGCUCUAUGAAAGUGGGUUAGUCACUAACUGCCCCUCGGGGGAGAACAAAGGACGCGUCCUGUCGAACGAUUAUGUUGUACGAAGACUCGAAAAGCUUUGCACAGUGAAGGACGUCCCAGCCAAGAAGACCAUUUCAGGGACUGUUACCUUCCCAUUAUGGGAAAGCUUCAAUGCUACAAAAUGUGGGAUGAUCGUCUUCAUUCAAAGCAGCUCGCAUCAAAUAUAUAGUUCGCAGAAGUUUCAGCUGCCGGAGAAUUAAGAAGUCACAGGGAUUGAAAUGCUUGUCGAUAUAUUAUCUGCUCUUGUGCUCAGGCAAGAAGGCAGCCGGCCGAGACCUGUGGGCAUUAUGUACAGGAUGUGUUGAUGGUAGGGUACUGGUUUGCUUCCUUUUGAAUAGUAGAAUAUGGGAGAGAAAUUUGCUUUCGUUAUGUUUACAUUCUUUCAGAUUCCACA